UUUGUUUGCUUUGCAACAUCAUGAUUAACAUUAUUUGUAAUCAAAUGUUAUUGCCCCUUUGGUAACGUACGUAUCAUCUUUAGUAUAUAUGCGAGUGACUGAUAUAUUAUUGUGGGCGCAAAAUGGUAACACUGCCAUCAAAGUAGUUUCUUACCCUUGACAGUAUUAAUUUUCUGCCUACUAAGUUUUCGUUGGUUUAUGGCAUGAAUGUUUCAUUAGAAAAAAUAUUAGAAAAUACUGAUUGUUGGAUCUCAAUUUGGAAUUAAUUAAAUCAGCGGAAAUAUGUCUAAACGUAGUGCAGAUGAUGCCAGCGGAGGAGCGAGCGGAAGUGUGGCUUCAAACAUUGGGCAGCCUCCAAUUAAAAAAGUGCACUUUGAACCGCAUCUCAUCGGACCUGUUUCAACUCUCGAAGAAAUGGAUAUUAAAGUUUUGGAGUUUCAGAACAAAAAAUUGGCUCAACGUAUUGAACAGAGAAUGCGCACCGAGUCUGAAUUGAGACAUCGUAUCGAACAACUGGAAAAACGACAAACUCAAGAUGAUGCCGUCCUCAACGUUGUUAAUCGGUAUUGGAAUCAGCUAAAUGAGGACAUUCGAGUGUUGUUACAGCGAUUUGAUGCCGAAACGGCAGACGAAUUAGAAAAUAAGAAUGAAAAUGAGGUGACUACAUCAUUUUUAACCCAAUUGUCAACCUGGGAUAAAGAGGAACUCGACGAUAAGCUGGCUAAUCGUGUACAAGUUUCCAAAAGGGCAGUAGCGAAAAUUGUUCAGGUUAUUGAUCGCAUUAUGCAGCGAAAUGAGAAGAUUACUAUGGCUUUAAAAGGUGAAGUUAGUGCCACUGCAGGUAGUGCAUCUAACAGCGGGGAAGGAGGAGGUGAUGAGUCGCAAAAUGAUACCUCUUCCUUGAACACCAUACCUAAUUGUGAAGAAACUCUUAAACAAAUGCACAUUGAUAUAAUGACUGAAAAUCGUAACUUACAAAAUUUAAAUACCUCGUUACAUGAGAAAUUUCAUACUAUGUCCCUAAAAAUGAAAGAAUAUCAAGAUGCCUUAACAGCGAAGGAAACUGAAAAUGCAGAGUUAAAAAAUCAAAUUGAUGAACUGCAAUACGACUUAGAAAAGGUACAUUGUCGUAACGAUAAACUCGAGAAUCAUUUGGCAGAGGCCAUAGAGAAAUUAAAAGCCUAUCAUCAAAUGCAUGGUGAUCCUAACAAGAGUUCUGCGUCUAAAGCCACUGGGCAUGGCCAUGCCCAUGUAAGUAGCCAACAUAUUGAAGAUUUGCAAAAAGAAUUAGAAGAAUACCGUGAAUUAGCUAAUAAUCGCCUUCAAGAGUUAGAUAAACUGCAUGCCACUCAUCGUGAAACUCUGAAAGAAGUAGAGAAGCUUAAAAUGGACAUACGUCAACUACCGGAAUCCGUUAUCGUUGAGACGACGGAAUACAAAUGCUUACAAUCGCAGUUCUCUGUUUUGUAUAACGAAUCGAUGCAAAUUAAAACUAUGCUGGAUGAAACGCGCAAUCAAUUGCAAACUAGCAAAAAUCAACAUUUGCGUCAAAUAGAAGUUAUGGAAAGUGAGGAACUCAUCGCGCAAAAGAAAGUGCGCAGUGAAAUGAUACAAAUGGAAGACGUGUUGGCACAAAUACGUAAAGAAUACGAAGCCUUGCGUAUUGAAUUUGAACAGAAUAUGGCAGCUAAUGAACAAACAGCUCCAAUUAACCGUGAAAUGAGGCACUUGAUAACUUCUUUACAAAAUCAUAAUGGACAAUUAAAAGGUGAAGUCCAACGUUACAAACGUAAAUACAAGGAUGCUUCGUCUGAUAAUGUGAAGUUGCGACGAGAAUUGGACGAAGCAGUGGCCAAAUUGGAGGGUUCCAAACAACAAGGCGUCGCUGUGCAAGGUGGGAAUUGCGAUGACCUUAAGCAAGAGGGGUCAACAACAAUAAAAGAAGAGUUUUCUGGCAAUUCCGGCUCUACUGGUAGUAAUUCAACUGAUAGUGCAAAUGUAAAAGAAGAAAACACUUCCAUGAAAGCUGAAGAAGAGAGCAUGGAAGAGGACGCUACAAAAGAUCAAAAAGAAGGCGUAAAGAAGGAGCACUCAUCACCGACCGGUGGAAAUGCUGACAAAAAAGACUUUCAAACGUCUACGGGCUCAAAUACCUCUUCUACUGUUGCUGUGGCUAAUUCCGGACAAAACGUGACUAUUAAACAAGAAAAGGAUACAAAGGAUGCUCAAAAGUCCAAAGAUAUUAAGGUGAUGGAAUCAGAAGUAGUGCGCGAUCUGAAAGCACAAUUGAAGAAAGCCCUUAACGAUCAGAAAGAAAUGAAACUUUUGCUAGAUAUGUACAAGGGCGUUUCUAAAGAUCAACGGGAUAAGGUACAACUGAUGGCUACCGAAAAGAAAUUGCGUUCAGAAAUCGACGAAUUGCGACAACAAUUGAAAAAAUUGCAAGAGAGCAAACGAGAAGAGCGCAAAAAGCUAGCUGACGAGGAGGCAUUGCGUAAAAUCAAGCAGCUCGAAGAGCAAAAAUAUGAGUUGCAGAAGCAAGUAGCAAAUCAAAAGCCGGUUGAUAAUGCGUGGGGACCGGGUGGAGCUAACUACACGCGCCCUUUUGUAGGUUCCCAUGAAGAAGAAGCUUUGCUUAAUGAAAUGGAAGUGACUGGCCAAGCAUUUGAAGAUAUGCAAGAACAAAACUCUAGACUAAUACAACAGUUAAGGGAAAAGGACGACGCAAAUUUUAAAUUAAUGUCUGAACGUAUCAAAGCUAACCAGAUGCACAAAUUAUUGCGUGAGGAAAAACAAAUUUUAGAAGACCAAAUGGCCACUAGGGACACACAAAUUGAGGCAAUGCAUAUUGUUUUGCGUAAACUGGAGGAGAAAGAACGCAACUUGCAAGCCACUGUGGCUACUAUAGAAAAAGAAUUGGUGCUACGUCAGCAGGCCAUGGAAAUGCACAAACGUAAAGCUAUUGAAUCGGCGCAAUCGGCCGCGGAUUUGAAACUUCACCUAGAGAAGUAUCACGCUCAAAUGAAAGAAGCUCAACAAGUGGUGGCUGAAAAGACUAGUUCCUUAGAGGCUGAAGCCUAUAAGACUAAACGUCUCCAGGAGGAGUUGGCCCAAUUUAAACGUAAAGCAGAGCGCAUGAAGAAAAUUGAGAUGGCUGGCACUACGAUUGAUGAAGUAAUGCUUGAAGAGAUACGUGAAUAUAAGGAAACAUUGACUUGUCCCUCAUGUAAAGUGAAGCGCAAGGAUGCCGUGCUCUCCAAAUGUUUUCAUGUAUUCUGCUAUGACUGCUUACGUACGCGAUAUGAGACGCGUCAACGUAAAUGCCCGAAAUGCAAUUGUGCCUUCGGGGCCAAUGAUUAUCAUCGCUUAUAUAUAUAUUUUGUGUUCAAGCAGGGAAUGGAAAUAAAAAACUAUAGCGGUGACGAUAUUGACUCUUUGUUUGCUGAUGCAAAAAACAAAAAAUUGUCUACCUCUUUUAGUAUGAAAAGCGGUCGUGCAGCGGAUAACUUGGAGGAAAUGUUUGGCAUAGAAGAGGAGGAGAGUGCACGAAACUUAAAAAUACGAGGAUCUAGAAGAAGUAAUCUUUCUGCGACCAUUACUUCCUCUAAAACCUUGAAUACACCGAGGAUUAUAAAACAAGGCCCGUCUCAGAGUGUUGUCGACGAUGAGGAAGAUGAUAAUCUAGGUUUUGAUCCCAAGAAACCGAAAGCUGGUAACAGAGCUCAAAAUCUUUUUGACGAUUUGUUGGCACCUUUGGAAAAACGCUCUCAAACAAAUGCUGCAAUUAGCAGUGGUAGUGGAGGAGGAGUUUUAAAAGCUCCCAUAUCACGUCAGUCAACUGAUACAACCACCGAAAACUCUAACAUAUAUCAAAAUUCCGUAACACGACCGAAAACAGCAGGUAGGCGUGGUUCUAGCAUGUCUACUGUAAUCAAUCCAGAACCUUUAGUUUUAUUUGCUAAAGACAGGGAUAGCAAUGCUGCAAUUUCCGAUCUAUCAACGCCGAAUUCGCGCAAGAAGAUCACCACCAAUUGGUUAGGACUACCAAUAGAACCGCAAAAGACACCUGAUAAAGCAGAAACUACACUUGAAACUUCUAAAGAAUUGAAAAUUGCUACUGAUGCAUUUCCUGCACCGGGCGACUUACAGGCAGAUCAAAAUAACGUAAAUAGUGAGGACCAAAGCGCUGCUGAGAAAAGAGUACAAGUUCCAUCAACAACCUCUCAACCAACUUCUACACCAGCAGAUCAAAUGGCACAAAACAUAAUUUUGCUUAACUCAAUGAAGAUCGGUGCCAAGCAAAAUAUUAAUAAUUUGAAAUACCAAGAGCACCACUUAAUUUUGGCUAAUCAAAUUAAACAGCAAGAAAAAGUUUUAAUGGAAACUCAGCGCAAACAAGAAUGUUUGUUGCAACAGCAAGAAACACAAUUUCAAAAUUUUUUACAACAACAAAUUCAACGUCAUCAACAAUUGGAGGAGAUUAUUAUGAAACAACAGCAACGUCUUAAUAGUCACCUGCAAUUGAUGAUGGCCAAUCAAACAUCAAUAGAACGCCAAGCAAUUCCCGAUUUAGAUUUGGCACACAUUUCAUCUUCUUCUAAUCAAUUAACUGAUAAUGAAAUUCAAGAAGUGAGUGGGAGAAAUCAGUGUGAAAAAGAAACUCUAUUUAAUCUCAUACAAGUUGAAGCGCAAAAUAAGCGUUUAGAAUUGGAAAAUCUAAGAUUAGAGGAGUUGAUUGUCAAUACGAAAACUAAUUACGAAAAGGAAAUAGAUUUAUUGGAGAAAUCGAGCAAAAAACAAAUUGAGGUUUUGGAGCACCAAGUCGCUAACAUUGAUCAACGUUUUAAGGAAGAUAUAGAAAAUGUAAAAAACCAUUAUCAACAGAAAUUGGAUGAAAUGAAACGGGAACAGCAGUCUCUUCGCAAGCAUUACGAAGAAGAAAUAACUAAUCUUAGGCAGGAUCACGAAGAUGAGAUGAGGAAAGCGCAUAGAAAUUUUAGUGAGGAUAUGGAAAUAGUAAAAGAGGAAUAUCGUCGCAUAUUGGAAACGAUAAGAGAAACGAAAAUGUUAGAAUUUGCGACUAUUCAAGAAAACGGUUCCUAUUUCGAAUGUUUGAAAUCGGCAUCUAGUAAUUUGACAAAUUUAACUGGAGGUCUAGAAGAAUUACGUGAAGAUAUGCGCAAGAAAAUUGAUGUUAUCCAUCUAGAAAGAGAAAAGAAAAUAGAUCUACGCGAAAAACGGGUAGAAGAUGCUGAGAAGCGUUUAGCAAUCAUGGAAAAAGGAGCUGAGGAAGAAAAAUUAAGAUUACUGGAUAUGGUUAGUGCUAUGGAAUUGCAAAUGGCUAAAUUGACGAAGGAAACAUCAGAGGAGAAUUGGCAAUUGCGUCAAAAAUUGAGUAGUUUGGAUGCAGAGAAAGCUUUAUUAGCCAAGGAAAAAGAAUAUUUUCGGGAUCAGAUGGUUAGAGAUGAAGAACGUCUUAAAGAUUUGAAAGAGCACCAGUUAUGUGAGUUACAAAAAUGUCAGAUUGAGCUGCAAGAGGAACGUGCUCGACUAAAAACGGAACGUGUGAAAUUUGAAACGGACAAACGUCUACAGUCUUGCACUGACAUAGAUAAGGAUCGCAUGGAGGUGGAGGCUGCCAUGCAAGUGGCUCAAGAUGCAGCCCGUAAGGCAGACGUGGAAAGAGAACGCUAUUAUAAAAUGCAAAGACAAUUGGAACAACAAAAACGCGAUCUAGCUGACAAAGAGCAUUCACUAAAUGUAAAAGAAGAGGAAUUGCAACAAGAAUUAUUGUCAUAUCGCAUGAGUGAACGCCUAUCGCAAGAGUCGCUACAAAAGUCGAAAUUAGCUGAACAGUAUUAUCACAAUAAGAUUCAGAUGCUGCAGCAGAAAUCACAUGAAAUGGCUGAAAAAGAAGCUCACCUCUCGCAGGAGCGUCUACUUUUAUCGCAAGAUCGCAUAGCCCUGCAUGCUCUCAAAAAUAAACUAAAUCGACAGACCAAAUGCUCUUUAUGCCAAAUUAAUCAUAAGACAAAUGACGAUAUUAGCGAGACUUUAAAUAAGAACUCAGUUAAGGAGAAUAGAUCGCUGAUUGAGAGCACAAAUAAUACAGCUUUUACAUUGCUUUUGGGGGCUCAGAAUGAUGAUUUGGUCGAGCAUUUAUUGGAUGUUAACAUUGCCGAAUCAUUACGUAAACUGAAUUCAUCGACGAGUUUGGGUGGUUGGGAAGCUCUGCUCGACGAUGAUCACAAAAAGUUAGUACAAAAUCAGCAGAUCGAUAAAGAAAGCACAAGUGAUGAUGUUAAAUAAUUAUCUAUUGGACAUAUUUGAGUCGUAAUUGGAAAACGUUCGCAGAAAGAUAAAAAUUGUAUUUAAAUGAAAUAUAGUCGAGAAAUAACUCACGGUACAAACGACAUAUCCAAUCUUGUCUCGUCUCGAUCCUGAAUUUGAAUUGAGUUAGUCCCACGACAUUAUUGGGGGCUCAAAUUACUUCAAAUUACAAAUACUUAUCAUUUUGUAUUCGUAGAUUGUAAGAGCAAUUGUUAGCACAAAAGAUCUAAAUAUUCAGUAUUA